AUCCUAAAGCUGUUUACUAGACUGCACGGCUCCGAUUCGCCUUGUCAGAGUCUGAACUCCGUGAGCCCGGACUGUGAGGACGAGAGGAGGUCCAUGAAGUUUGGGAAAGUAGCGGAUGGAGAAGAAUGGGUGGGAGGAGUGCCGCCAGCCAAUUCUCUUUAAACUGCCUUAUACGGAUGGGGAACUUUUUAAAAAAAUAACAUUAAAGUAAUUGGAGAUCGAUGCAUGUAAAUCACGAGACGUUCAAAGCCGACGACGUUCCGUUGUUCAACGUGGCACGUAUAAGUUUCUGCGCAGCUGAAGCGAAUAUGAGACAAUUGCGGAGUGGGACCGGACCGAGCCGCAGCUGUGCCGACGGGAUAAACACAAUAGUGCUUUCGGGGUCCCGGCGCCGCCGCUGAUCGGCCGCUCCGCGUCUUUGUCGCCCACCUCGUUUUGCCUGGGAAGCGCAUGAGCUCCAUGCAGGACUGGGGGGAGGAGGUGGAGGAGGGGGCCAUAUACAAUGUGACUCUGAAAAGGGUCCAGAUCCAGCAAGCGGCCAACAAGGGAGCACGAUGGCUAGGGGUGGAUGGGGACCGCCUCCCCCCAGGCCACACGGUCAGCCAGCUGGAGACGCAUAAGAUCCGCAGCAUCCGCGCCGGCUCGCUGGAGCGGCUGGUGGAGACGCUGCUUACGGCCUUCGGCGACAAUGACCUCACCUACACCAGCAUCUUCCUGUCCACGUACCGCGCCUUUGCCUGCACCGAGGGGGUGCUGCAGCUGCUGCUUGAUAAAUAUGGCAACGUGGAGGACGAGGGAGAUGGAGACCAUCAGCGGCCUGACACGAGGGCGGAAAUCCAGAAUGCCCUGGCCUCCAUCCUGCGGGCCUGGCUGGACCAGUGUCCCGAGGACUUCCAGGAGCCGCCCUCAUACCCAAGCCUGCGCAGGGUCAUGGAGUUCCUGCAGAGGGCGCUGCCUGGCUCGGAGCUGCUACGCAGAGCGCAGAGUCUACUGGAGGUGCUGCAGAGCCAGGCCAGCCUGGAGUCUGAGACUGACGGCAGUUUACAGGGUAACAGCCCCUUCUGCCUCGGGGAGGAAGAGGAAGUGGAAGUGGAGGCAGAGACGCAGGACUUCCUGUCCUUUGGUACCGAUUUGGUGGCGGAGCAGUUGACUUACAUGGAUGCGCUUCUGUUCAAGAAGGUGGUUCCCCAUCACUGCUUGGGCUCCGUUUGGUCCCAACGCGACAAGAAGCAGAACAAGCUGAGCGCGCCCACCGUCCGAGCCACCAUCACGCAGUUCAACGCCGUGGCGGCCUGUGUGGUCAGCACCGUGCUACGUCAGCGGCAGAUUCGCCCCCACCUGCGCGCACGAGUCAUCCAGCACUGGAUCGACAUUGCCCAAGAGUGCAGAAUUCGCAAGAAUUUCUCCUCUCUGCGAGCCAUUAUCUCAGCGCUGCAAUCCAAUCCCCUGUACCGCCUGAAGAGGGCAUGGGCCUCCGUGCACAAGGACAGCAUGCAGAUGUUUGAGGAACUUUCGGAUAUUUUUUCCGAUCACAACAACUACUUCACCAGCCGGGAGCUGCUGAUGAGGGAGGGCACCUCAAAGUUUGCCAGUCUGGAGAGCUGUGCUAAGGAGCACCAGAAACGGUCUCACAAGAGGCUGCAGCUUCAGAAAGAAAUGGGUGCCAUGCAGGGGACGAUCCCCUACCUGGGGACCUUCCUGACAGACCUAACCAUGCUGGACACGGCCCUGCCUGACCUGGUUGAGGGGAGUCUGAUAAACUUUGAGAAGAGGCGCAGGGAGUUUGAAGUAAUUGCACAGAUCAAGCUGCUGCAGUCGGCCUGUAACAGCUACUCGCUGCACCCUGACCGCCACUUCCUGCGCUGGUUCCUCCGCCAGCCCCAGCUCACUGAAGAGGAGAGCUACACCCUGUCCUGUGAGAUCGAGGGAGUGGGAGACUGCAGCCCUACCUCCCCCAAGGCGAGGAAGAGCAUGGUGAAGAGGCUGAGUCUGCUGUUUCUGGGAGCCGAAACUGGCACUGCAAGCUCUCCUGUGAGGGAGAACCCUCGGUCGCCACCUGCUGGCAGCUCGGGGGAAAGCAUGGACUCGGUCAGCGUGUCCUCCAGUGACUCCGGCAGCCCGUCGGACAGCGAGGGCCUGACACCCACACACAUGCCUAACACGGCACAGAAGUUGUCAGAAUCCUCGUCCUGCUCCUCUCUGCACUCCAUGGACACGACGUCGUCGUCAUCAGCCAGCAUCCCCCUGAUCCCGGCCUCCCCGACGCCGUCAGGCUGCUCCUGCUCCCACCGCCGUACCCCCUCCCUGACUCCUGCCUCUCCCUCAUCCCCCAGCCUGCCCCCCGUCUACAACACACAGGCUCAAGACGCCUGCAUCAUCCGCGUCAGCCUGGAGCAUGGCAACGGAAACAUGUACAAGAGCAUCAUGCUGACCAGCCAGGACAAAACUCCUGUGGUCAUCUCACGCGCCAUGACCAAGCACCACCUGGAGGGGGAGCCGGCGGACACCUACGAGCUGGUGCAGGUCAUCUCUGAGGAAAGAGAGCUUGUGAUCCCGGACAACGCCAAUGUCUUUUACGCCAUGAACACGUCGGCCAACUUCGACUUCCUGCUGCGCGUGCGUGGCUCCGCCGGGCGCCCCGUCCAGCUGCGCAGUCGCUGCAGCUCCACCCUCCCGCGUGCGCAGCAGAGGACCAGCCUGUCCCUGAGACUCAGCAAGGUCACAUUGUGACACCCCUGUGGGGGGGGUGGGGGAGGGGAGCUUGGGAGGCAGAUCAUGGGGACAGACUGGACAUGAGGAGGAAAGGAGAGACUGGCCUCACUCCCC